GCUCCGGACUCCUCUGCCCGAAGGCAAAUGCGGCAGUUUUGGAAGGAACACUCGAGGGGCUCCUCUUUGCAGGAGAUGAUGCUCGACUCGGGGGCGCAGCAGCUGUCUGAGGAAGACACGCCUGAGGUCCUCGCCCUCCUGCCUCCCCUGGAAGGACGGGAUGUUCUCGAACUGGGAGCCGGCAUAGGGCGGUUCACCGGACAUCUGGCGGAGACGGCUCGCCAUGUCACGGCGGUGGAUUUCACGGAAAGCUUCCUGAAUCGGAACCAGCUGGAAAACGGGCAUCGGCCAAACGUGGCGUUUCAACAGGCCGACGUUACCAGCCUGGUCAUGCCAAGCCAGAGCUUUGACCUGAUCUUCUCCAACUGGCUUUUCAUGUACCUCUCCGACUCGGAAGUGAGGGAUGUCGUCCAGAAGAUGCUUCUCUGGCUACGUCCGGGAGGACAUCUGUUCUUCCGGGAGUCCUGUUUCUGUCAGUCGGGCGACCGUCCCCGGUCCUUCAACCCCACGCUGUACCGGUCUCCUGCGGAGUACAAUAGUUUUCUGGCGACAGCCCACGUGGCUUCCGGAGGUGAGCGCCACGGCUUCGAGAUCGUCAUGUCCCGUUCGGUGCAAACCUACAUAAAGAGGAAGCAAAAUCGGAAUCAGGUUUGCUGGCUGCUCCAGAAAGUCCCCCGUGAUCCAGAAGCCACCCGAGGGUAUGACACCUUCCAGACGUUUCUCGACCGCGAGCAAUACGCCACCCGCAGCAUCCGGCGCUACGAAUGGAUCUUUGGGCCUGGAUUUGUCAGCACAGGUGGCCUCAGCACCACCAAGGAGCUGGUGAGCCUGUUGGAUUUGAAGUCCGGUCAGCGUGUGCUGGACGUCGGCUGCGGGCUCGGUGGCAGCGAUUUCUACAUGGCCAAGGAGUUUGGUGUGGACGUUCUGGGCAUGGACCUCUCUCAUAACAUGGUGGAGCUGGCCCUCGAACGGGCUCAGAAGGAGCCCGAAUCCCUGGUGCAGUUCGAAAUUGGCAACGCCACCCGAAGGACCUUUCCAGAGGGCUCCUUUGACGUGAUUUACAGCCGGGACACCCUUCUGCAUGUGGAGGACAAGAGCGCCCUCUUCAGGAAGUUCCUGUCAUGGCUGAAGCCGGAGGGCCAGCUUCUGAUCUCCGACUACUGCUGCGGGCCACGUCCCUGGUCAAAAAUGUUCACAGAGUACGUCCAACAGCGAGGGUACAGCCUGCUUACGCCACAGGAAUAUGGGCAGGAGCUGCAGGAUGCCGGAUUUGUGCAGGUCCGGGCUUUGGACCAUACAGGGCGGAUGGUGUCGGCGCUGACCGAGGAGCUGCAGCAACUGGAGAGAAGCCGGGAGCCGUUUGUUCAGGAGUUCUCCGAGGAGGAGUUUGAGUCCAUGGCCUCCGGAUGGCAGGAGAAACUGCAGCGGUGUGCGGAUGGGGACCAGCGCUGGGGGGUCUUUUCUGCCCGCAAGCCAAACUAGACAGAGGGACGAGUGCGGAGAGGCGGCGAAACCUUGGCCGGGCCCAUAACCUCUCCGGCAGUACAGCUUUUUAGAAAAGCGCUCCGAUCGAGUUUCAAGUCUGCAUCUCUUCCCUUGAGAUAUAGCGCCGUGGUUCCCAACCUCAGUUAAUCCAGGUGUUCUAGCACUACAACUCCCAGAAUCCCCAGCCAGUACAGCUAGGAUUGAAGCCUUCUGGGAAUUGCAGUCCAAGAACACUUACCUGGCUUCCUCAAAGUUGGGAAACCACUGGUUGAGUGGACUGGAAGAAAUUCCAUUUUUUUCUGGUGUGGAUUUUUUUCUUCUAGAUUUUCCUUUACAGUCACUCUAAUUAUGUCCUUGAGCCCUUUCACAUCUCCGUUCUUCCCUUCUCUUCUCUUCUGAAUUGCACAAUGAACGCAUAUGGAAAAUAGGUGGAUAAAAACCUUUACCCCCGCCCCCCGUCAUAGAAUCAGAGAAUUAUAGAAUACAGUAAUGGCAUUGGGAGAGGCCGAUAAGGCCAUUGAGUCCCAUCCGUAGAACGCC